UUGUGCUGGCACUCCACAAACGCGUCCAGCUCGCAUACGCCAUUUUGUCUCUCUCUCUUACUCAGCGACGGCGAGGCUUGCUUCUCGCAGAUUUUUCAUUGGCUUGGAAUUCGUGAACGCUCUUAAAAAAUCCGGAGGACACUUACGCCUCGUGGAAGUCGACGUCUCCAUACUCGACUGAUAUUUACAGUGUUCAUUAAAGGACUCAACAAGCUAUCAAAAUGAGCUAUGGUAGGCCACCACCUCGCAUUGAUGGGAUGGUUUCCCUGAAAGUGGACAAUUUGACCUAUCGUACCACACCAGAGGAUCUCAGAAGAGUUUUCGAGCGCUGUGGUGAAGUAGGUGAUAUCUACAUCCCUCGUGAUAGGUUUACCAGAGAGAGCCGUGGUUUUGCAUUUGUCAGAUUUUAUGAUAAACGUGAUGCAGAGGAUGCACUAGAUGCUAUGGAUGGUCGUCUGCUGGAUGGCAGGGAGCUCCGUGUGCAGAUGGCCCGUUAUGGAAGGCCAACUUCACCGCACCGUAGCCGUGGCAGCAGACGUUACAGAAGAUCUCGUUCUUAUUCCCGUAGUCGUAGUCGUAGCCGCGACCGCAGGCGCUCACGGUCGAGGUCACGCUCACGUUCACGCAGUCGUAGUCGUAGCCGCGACCGGGACCGUAAACGCAGCUACAGUCGCUCAAGAUCACGCUCUGACAGCAAGAGUUCGCGUGGAAGGUCACGUACUCGUAGCAAGUCUGCUGAUCGUCAGAGAGAUCAGCGUUCAAAGUCGAGAGAUUAAUCCUGGAACCAAAAUUUACCGACACUCGACAGUCGCUUGCUCCACCAACCGUAUACCGACUUGAAUUUAAAAAAAGGUAUUCUAUUUCUAUCCUGUCACUAAAUGUCUUAUCCAACUUACUUUAGUUCCGUUUUAGUUUUCAAGUCGUUAUCAUAGCCGCUUCAUACUUUAACAAUUUUUGAAAAAUGAAAAAGAAAACUUGAAUAUCAAUUGUGUAUUAGAUGUAAAUUCAUUUACUUUCUUGUAAUGCCCAACUUUGGAGCACAAGUAGAUGUGAACGCGUAAAUUAUGUUAGUGAUCCUUGGAAAAAAAUAACAAUGCAGUUAUGCAUUCGUACAUGCUUAUUUUUUACUUACAAAUCAAUGGAUAUCAAUUUAUAUGUCAAAAUAAUUAAUUUAUCCAUUCAAUAUUAAAGAUUGUUAAACGGGACUAAUUAGUUUAACUAUCAAUGAUUUUCUCAAAAGCUUUAAAUAGUCAACGCUUUCAACUAAAAUCACGCGGACAUGGUACUCAUUACCUAAAAAUAUAUAAAAGCCGUACACUAUGAAUUUUAAAGUACACUUGAAUGUUGACACAUUUUUAAAUAGCCUUAAUGAUUGCCUCGAUUUUGUCAAAUGCAAUUUUCUAUAAAUAGUAUAUCAGUGACACUCCUUUCCUUUGAACAAACAAGCUUUGUUUCAUAUAAUUUGAGUACAAUCAACAAAACUAUUCUCAUGCUUAGCGUUCUUAGAUAUAAGUUCAGCGUUCUUUUGUAACUUAAAGAAAAACAUUCAACAAUUACACAUACAUAAACAGAUUUAUUUAUGUAAGUGUGUCAUUCAUUUGUAAUAAAGUAUGAUGAACUACAUAA